GAUCAGGAUUUGAGCUGGUCAGCGAAGUAUGGGUCCUCCAGCAUUUCGAAUGAAAGUUGUGUGUUGUCAAAAGUAGCACUGUUGUGUUUUGAAUCGAGACCUGGCUGCAGUAGUCGCUUAUACAGUACGGGGGUUUCCCACGAAAAAGAAAGAUGAGGCCUAACUAAGAAUGAAGGGUCCCAGCCUGGUCUUGCUGUGUGUCUUCGUGGCCCUUUUGAAGUGCCAGCUGCUGGUUGCCGCAGAGCACGUGGGUGUGGCGAAGCAUGCCAUCAAGCUUCACCGUGGCAAGGGGGCGACUGUGAUGCAGGGGAGGCAGUGGUUGAUCGAGAACUGCCGCAAGAUGUCCGGUCUGCUCCGUCAGAAAGCCGUGGUCCUGAACAAGCUGAAGGGAGCCAUCAGGGCAGUGGAGAAGAACCCCGGGCUGUCGGACGCCGAGAAGCUCUUCCAGGUGCACACCUUUGAGAUCUUCCAGAAGGAGCUGAACGAGAGCGAGAAUUCGGUCUUCCAGGCCAUCCACGGCUUACAGAGGGUGCUGCAGGGGGACUACAAGGAUGUGGUGAACAUGAAGGAGAGCAGCAGGCAGCGGCUGGAGGCCCUAAGGGAAGCUGCCAUUAAGGAGGAACAAGAGUUUGUGGAGCUCAUGGCAGCUGAGAAACAUCAAGCAGCGGCCCUCAAAAGCGUGCAGCAACAGAACAAGAGCCUGUCUAUCCUGGAUGAGAUCUUAGAAGAUGUCCGGAAAGCAGCCGAUCGAUUGGAGGAGGAGAUUGAGGAACACGCAUUUGAUGAUAACAAGCUAGUCAAAGGUGUCAAUGUGGAAGCGGUUCUCCGGGUGGAGGAUGAUGAGCAGGACUCUCGGAGGAACUAUUCCAAGCGGGAGGUAGAAUAUGACCUGGGGCUGAGCAUGCUGAUUGACUCCCAGAACAACCAGUAUAUCCUCACCAAGCCCCGAGACUCCACCAUGCCGAGGGCCGAUCACCACUUCAUCAAGGAUAUUGUGACUGUCGUGAUGUUAUCCCUGCCCUGUGGUUGGCUGUGUACAAUGAUUGGUCUUCCCACAAUGUUUGGCUAUAUUAUAUGUGGAGUUCUCUUGGGACCGUCUGGACUCAAUAGUAUUAAGUCGAUUGUGCAGGUUGAAACUCUGGGAGAAUUUGGUGUCUUCUUUACACUGUUUGUUGUGGGUCUGGAGUUUUCCCCUGAAAAGCUGAGAAAGGUCUGGAAAAUCUCAGUGCAAGGACCUUGCUGCAUGACAUUCCUGAUGGUGGCUUUUGGCUUGUUAUGGGGACAGCUGUUAAGAAUCAGACCAGCGCAGACCGUCUUUAUUUCGACCUGUCUGUCGCUGUCCAGCACACCACUUGUGUCCAGGUUUCUUUCUGGCAGUGCCAGGGGAGAAAAGGAGGGUGAGGUUGACUACAGCAGUGUGCUGCUUGGAAUGUUGGUCAUGCAGGAUGUGCAGCUUAGCUUGUUCAUUGCUGUGAUGCCAACCCUCAUCCAAGCAGGAGGAAGCAAUUAUAACAGUGUCUUUAUGGAAAUUCUCAGUAUAGUUAUCCUUGUUGGCCAAAUCCUCUUCUCCCUGGCAGCAGUUCUUCUCAUCUGUGUUGUUAUCAAGGCGUACCUGAUUGGGCCUUAUUACAGAAAACUGCAUGCAGAGUGCAAGGGGAAUAAGGAGAUACUUGUCUUGGGAGUGUCAGCCUUCAUCUUUGCUAUGUUGACGAUAACAGAGAUGUUUGAUGUCUCAAUGGAAUUGGGCUGUUUUUUGGCUGGAGCUGUCAUGUCAUCACAAGGUCACCUGAUCACUGAAGAGGUCAUGUCCUGCAUUGAACCAAUAAGAGAUUUCCUUGCUAUUAUAUUCUUUGCAUCUAUUGGUUUUCACGUGUUCCCCACGUUUGUUCUCUAUGAACUCACUGUCUUACUGGUCCUCACCUUCUCCUUGGUGAUAAUGAAGUUUUUUAUAGCAGGACUGGUUCUUUCCCUGAUCCUGCCGAAGAGCAGCCAGUGUAUCAAGUGGAUCGUGUCUGCAGGGCUGGCCCAGGUCAGCGAGUUCUCUUUCGUCCUGGGCAGCCGAGCUCGACGAGCAGGCAUCAUCUCUCGAGAGGUCUACCUCCUGAUUCUGAGUGUAACCACGCUUAGUCUUUUGUUGGCCCCGGCUCUAUGGAAGGCUGCUACCAUGAAAUGUGUACCUCGCCCCGACAGACGCUCAAUUACUUGACAGUAAUUUCAAAUCACUGCUUUGUGACAAGGAAUUAUUGGUGACUGUCACCUGGGGUUUUUCUUACUAUAUAUAUA